CCUCCCGUGGCCCCGCCCCCUGCCUCACACAGCUCCUGACACUCGGACAGUGGAGACGCACACUCUGGACGGAGCGAAUUGGCAUUUGAAAAUUCUUGAUUUAAAGCAAUGACCUCGGUUUGAAACGUUUUGAAACCCUUUAUUCCAUCUCGUCACUCUUCUUCUGAAUCCUCUACAUCCCAGUCUGAGAGACUCUCCAGGAAAGUCCAGGUUUUUGAAAGAGCCAUCUCAGUCUUCCACAAUGAAUCCUGUUUACAGCCCUGUACAACCUGGGGCUCCCUAUGGAAAUCCGAAAAAUAUGACCUAUGCAGGUUAUCCUGCUGGUUAUCCUACUGCUGCUCCUGCCUACAAUCCGAACAUGUACGCCACCAGCAGUCCAGGCUAUGCCCCAGCAACACUUCUGAUGAAACAAGCUUGGCCGCAAACCUCUUCAUCAUGUGCCAACGAAGGCACCUUUCACCUCCCCGUGGAUACUGGGACAGAGAAUCGAACUUACCAGGCUUCAUCAGCUGCUUUCAGGUACACUGCCGGGACCCCAUAUAAGGUCCCCCCAACUCAAAGUAACAGCGCACCUCCACCCUAUUCCCCGUCUCCAAACCCAUACCAAACCGCAAUGUACCCCAUCAGAAGUGCCUACCCCCAGCAGAACCUGUAUGCCCAGGGAGCUUAUUAUACACAGCCAGUUUACGCGGCACAGCCUCAUGUCAUUCACCACACCACAGUGGUUCAACCAAACAGCAUUCCUUCUGCCAUCUACCCGGCUCCAGUAACUGCACCUAGAACCAACGGUGUGGCCAUGGGAAUGGUUGCUGGGACCACUAUGGCAAUGUCUGCAGGCACAUUGCUGACGACCCCUCAGCACACUGCAAUAGGUGCACAUCCAGUGUCUGUACCCACAUACAGAGCCCAAGGGACUCCAACAUACAGCUACGUACCACCCCACUGGUAAAACUGGUGGCCUAUCCAUGUCUGGAGUCAAACAUUGUAUGCAACCUGCUCGAGUCUUAUUCAGGUGCUGGGACAAAUCCACAUCAGCACCAACUUUGUCUGCAAGAACAUAACAUGGAAACACAAAAGUGCAAGGGUCACUUUAUUAUUCUUUAGUGGUUUUUUUUUUUUUGUUUGUUUUUUUGUUAAAAAGCUGCUUUUCGUAAACAUACCUUUUUUAUUAAUGUUGUUUGCCCAGGUUGUGUACUUGUUGUCAUUAAUUUUGAGCAGAGGAACCGCAUUACCCUCUAGGGUUGAUAAAGCCUGCUGCUUGCUCACCCGUUGCACAAGCCAGUGCUUGUCAGUUUUCGUUUCAAUCUGUUACUGCAAUGUUACUUAUAUGGCUUUGAAAAGGGCGAGUACCAAUUAUGGUUUUAAUCUUUUUUUUUUUUUUUUUUUUUUUUUUCAUAGUGCAACUAGAACAAAGAACACUAAAUGUUGGUUGGUUUUUUUUACAUAUUUUUUUUUUUUUUUUUUUCCCAUUCCCUGACAUUGGGUUAGUUUUGCAAAUGUUCAUAAGAGCAGUUCAUCAUAAUGGUGUCUUCCAAUAUGAUUGCAAAUAGUUAAUGUCUAAAAUAGUAUUAGGAUGGCGGAGUGAUGCCCUUUUUUCCAUGUACUAGUCAUUACUGUGGCAAAGGACAUACUCCAAAUUUAUUAUCACAAGGAAUGUUUUUAUUUUUGUUUUGAGUUUUUUCCCUCCAUUUUAUUGGUUUGUGUUUUUGUUUGUUUUUUUUUUUUUUAACUUGCAUUGAAACUCAAGGCUGCUACACUGGGUUUUCUUAGAGAAUACUAGAGGGAUUCAGAGUCGCAAUUUUGUAUAAAAAAAAGCCACUGAUAUCUGUAUAAGCACAAAACCACCUGUUGUAUGUAAUUGCCCUUUGUUUAUUUUUUAUUUUUUUUAGUGGGAGGUAAUAUCCUCCCACAAGUGACGGCUCAGAGAUCCAUUAUUAUAAUGGAAAACCACCUACUUUAUCAAACCAAAUUGGGUUAACCCAAUCUCACCCGUAUGCCAAUACACCGACUCAUGUGUUAAAAGGAAUUCUAUGCUGGGAACGUUUGUGAUGGUGUUUUAAUAUAGAUGAUGACUUGUCUUUUUUUUUUUUGUGAUGAAACAAUGUUAUAAUAGAAGGCCUAAAUGUCCGAUACAUACCCAGCUACUAGUUUGCAUGUGCAGGGACUAUGUUUAGGCUGUGAUUAUUCUGUAAUGUACAGUAGCCCUCUUGCUACCAAGUAUCUACCUUUCCAAAAAAAAUGGUGGCUGUCAUGCAUAAAAGGGAACCACAGUUUAGUGAAUAACUUCCCCUAAUUCCAGCAGAUCUCUCGCUGGUGCAGCUUUUAAAAACUCGUCCCUGUGUGUAUGGCAUGGUUUUCAAUAGAUCUGGCUGACUUAAGUGAAUGUAUGGUGCGCCAACAGAUAUACAAAUAAAGUGUCUGACAAUUUCCCCUUCCUUUCUUUAUCAUCUAAAUCAUAUGUACAUUAUGUAUCCAUCCACUCACCAGUGUCUCCUGUUUUGGCCUCAUUAAUGGCCUCCCCCCUUUUUUCUUGCAAUACAUUUAAAUGGUACCAUUCCAUUCUACGUUUCGGGGGUUGGUUUUUUUUUUUGGUCCUGAAUUGUGAUGCUGAUCGUCCUGUACUUUGGACCAAAGAUCACAUCUACGUGGCGUACAAGUCUGAUUUUCAGAAAUUUAUUUGGAUCUCUGAAACGAAAUCCUAUGUAAUGAAGUCCAUUCUUUCAUUAGUACUUUGCGUGCCAGAACAUUUGCUUGUUGCUCGCUCCUCCCUGCACUGAGAUUUAAAUUACACUCUCAGUUCUUUUAUCUGUGCAAAGACAUUGGUACCUUAUGUUCUGAGCAUAUAGAGACUGCAUACUCUGUGUUUACUGGAGCCCACAGCUAAAGAGUGAUUUUGUUCAGAUUUCGCAAAGAUAAAAGCACUUAAUCAUCUGACUGUGUAAAAAAAGCUAAUCAAAAUAAAAAAUAUAUAAUCUUCCCCAGAAAACAUUUUAUUCAGGGAAUGUAGUCACUUGACAUUGACAGAUUAGCUUUGUCCAGGAGUUUAAGAACAGAAUGGCACAUUUUGAAAAUGUAUUAAAACAAAUUCUGCUUGACACUAGUUGGUAACUUGAGUGUAGUUGCUAAAGGACAGGCAGCAUCCAACAGUCAGCCAGGGGUUUCUGUUUUGUGAAUUUUGUAAAUUACAGCUUGAGAUACAGGAUUGCGGCCCCCUACUUAAUUUCAUGCUGUACACUAAUGCAUGUAACUAAGAUUCUCUGAAAUACAAAGCCAGUGUCAUAUUUACUGUGCUUGACCAGUUUCAUGUGAGGCCUGUUCUAUUUGUUUGAUAUAUUGGUGCAAUACACAUUCGGAUCUCCAACUACCACCCAUUAUCAUGCAGCCUCAUUUGAGUUGCAUUUGAAACCUGGCUCAUGGGAGAUAAAGUAGAAUAGCUACAGAGUUAGUUAGUCCAGCCCUGCUUUUUAUGACUGAGUUCCAUAUUAUUGUGCAUUUCUAAGUGCACUGAAUGUUUUGUAAAAAGGACCAAUUCUAGGACAAUAUUCUAAAUGUGUAGCAAUCAUCCCGACAGCUCUACCUUUAGAAUUGGGCUCCAGAUUUGCCCCUUUGUACAUAUCUGUCCACGUAUAAAGCUUAUCUGAACAGUGCAGAAUUUGUAAAUCAGAGUGGUGACUGUCAGCUCAAACCUACCUUUUUCAUACGGUUUCCCCUUCUCUUCCUCUUUCAGAAUCUUUUUUUAUUUUAUUUUUUUCUGAUCUAGUUCUCUAUAAAACCUAAGACAAAAUAGGGACUUCUCUUGUAUUUUUCCUGCACUUGGCAAUCUUAUCAAAGGGUGGAGCUUAAGGUAAGUGUCAUCCUUUGUUAGCGUGACACCCUUUUGUCACAUUUGUCUGGCGUAGGAGAAAAACAUAAGACAAAGUAGUAACUACUUUAUGUUUUAAAGAGAAAUAGUUGCGAAAAAAUAAAACAGAUUCUUAAAGAGGAAACAAUAGGAGAAAGGUAAGUUUUGGAUGACGGAGAUACUUUAACAACGCAAGCUGAGGAGGAUGGAAACAGGGUAGAUGGCUUUGCAAGACAUGGCAACGGGUACAGAACAAAAUAGCAAUAAUUUGUUGCCUUCAGGGUGGUGUAAUCUGUACAUGGUAAAAAAUAAACCUGUUUAGCAUUGUGCAUAAUGAUAUGGCACCAGUGACAAUUCUAAGGUACGAGUGUGAAAUUACACCCACUCUGCUGCUUCCUUACAUUGAGAUUUAAAUGGUACAUUGAUGGUUUGGAGCUAUAGCAAUAUGUUUUGUGCAAAUGAAGAAAUACUUUUGACAAAUGUGUUUAAACUUUUUUUUUUUUUUGCAUGCGGAGGGGCCUCUCUUUCCCUCCGGCAGCUCUAGAGUUAAUUUGAAGCGCCAAUAAAGGCGCCUACAUCAGUAUUUGCUGAGAGAAGUCUCUGUGAAUAUUGGUGCACACAAAUAGAUUUGUAAUUAUAUAAACAGUUUGACACAUUGCCUGAUCUGAAAUUCAGGAAUUAAUUAUUGUUGCUGUGUCAAUUUUUAAUAGUAAUUAUAAAUGGUAUUAUCAUUAAAGAAAUGUGUGGUUCUCUUUUGUUUUGUCACUUAGUUUAUUUGCAUAUACAAUAAUCCUUUGUUCCUGCCGUUCUCAUCUAAAAUUCUAAUUUAUUAAAGUGUCAAACUCUGAUCUUUGCAUGUAACCCAUAUGAUUAUCAGAAAAAUAGCAUACUAGUGUCUUAUAAUCUGUCUGUAAAUUGCAAAGAUUACACAUGGCACAAGUUGUUUGUACACAGUGCUAGCUAUAGUGUAGAUAGUAGUUUAAUAAAAUUUUAGCUUCUGCAAGGCAUAAUCUGGAAGUGUUAGGGCUGCAAUACACGUGUAUGUAACUAUAUUCUCCCACAACACAGACCCCAGUGCAAAUACCAGGUAAGUUUAUCAUAUUGAAAUAAUUUGCUAGUACAGUACACUUUAAAACAUUAUUGGAGCUGACCGUCUGAGAAGAAUAUGGAACAGAGUCAUUAAUUACCUGGUGUCAUGGAAACUAAAGUGUAACAUUUCAUUUAAACAGUAUAUGACUGGGUCAUCCAGUAAGGGAAGCACUGAAAAUAGUAAUGGGCACUGUUUAAAAAUUCAGUUUAAAUCUGUACUAAUUACAGGGAAAAGGAUAUUUUUUUUUUCUUUCUUUCUUUCUUUCUUAAAUGUUAAUCUGGUGAAUAUAUUUUCAGAGGGUAUAAAGGAUUAAAGAUUAUAUGGUAUCUGAUAGUUUAUGUACACACGCUGCUCAAGGGUAUUUAUACAGACUUUGCUAGUAUGUUUUGGGAAGGCAGAUUCCCAAAAUGAUGGCAGAUUAGGAACAAAAUGGUCUGUUAUUACAUUUAAAGUGCAAGUGAUUUUCUGUUUAAUUUCAUAUUUAAUUGAAAAUUAAGUAUGUCAGAAAACAAAUCUGUAUGUAUGUAUAACUUGUUCAAUGCUGUACUGGGCACCAGGUGGAUAUGCAACAUUAAAGGAGCACACAUUAUUUCCUAACA